AUGGUUCGCACUCGUGCUGCCAAUCGAACCACCACCGCAACCUCGCCCGGCGUUCGAGCCAAUCUUCCUCGCCGCAGCCGGCCUACCAGAAGCGCAUACCUUGAAGAGGAGUCGAGCGACCCAGACGAGUUUGAUGAAUCAGAACCUUCCCGCGAUUCCGAUGCCGAUGCCUCAAGCGAUGCGAUAACCGACAAUGAUGAUGCUGAUGACACCACCUCCGGUAUUGGUCGAAGGCGUUCAGCCCGGACUGCUGAACGCCGGCUUCGAGCAUCAAAGCCAAGUCCAAGAGUAAAGGAUUUCUCAUCCCACACCCGCCCAUCGAUAUCCUCCAGGGCUAGGAGGGCCCUUGCAAGGUCAAAUCCCGAAUCCCCAACCCGACAACGCGCCAAACGGCCCCUGGCUUCCUCGAAACAUCAGCAGCUAUCGGCAACACCUAAACGUCUCAAGAUCAGCCCGCAGUUGGGCAUGGAGAUAUCAAAUGAGCGGAUUCCGGACUGGCGGGAUCCUCGAGUUCCCUAUACUGCUUGGGUCGAUAUUUUCUUGCAUGCUGGGGAAUGGGGCGCUGAAACUGGCUGGUUGUUGCAUGCUGCAACUGUCUGCAAGGCCUUUUCGGAGCCUGCCCUGACGGCUCUGUAUCGUUGCCCCUCAAUAAAAUCUGCGGCCAAAGCAAAAAAACUCAUUUCCCUCCUGGAAAGAGUACCACAAGACUGCUUGUUCAACUACCAAGCCAAGGUGCAAUUCAUGUACAUCAACAUCGAAUCUUUCCCACUGGCUAUGAUCGAUAAAGCAGUGCGGCCCUUGAGACGGCUCAAGGAACUCAUCAUCUAUUCGCCACUUGAUCAGCCGCCAUAUCGCGAAUUAGAUAAAACGAUCCGUUGGCACUACCCAGCGGAGCUGUUCCGAGCCCUUGACCGAGAUGUAUCGAUGGUCGACGACACCCUUCAUCAGGUGGACACUCAAUCAGCUAUUAAGCUCAAGAGUUGGGAAUGGAGCAGCCGUCUUCUUGGGGGGGCUAUUCAAGACGUUGGUGACCUGUUGCGUGUCCACCAACGCGAGUCUUUCGCACAGUUGACUAAGCUCAGCUUUAUCAACUUCCAGGUCCCCUCGCUUCAUAAGGCCGAGAUCAAAGUGGAUGACGAGGCCAAGAACUUUGAGACGUAUCAGGAAGACGGUGCAUACAUUGAAGCCAUUGCAAAAGCGAUUUCGGCAUUGAAAUCUCUCAAAUCCCUGACCUUUGAAUCCGCCACCGUUAUGAAUCAUCGCCUCUUACCUCUACUCCCGAAAGAUCUUAUUCACUUUGAGUUGGUGAAUUGUUGGGAGGUGAGGUCGGAAGACCUUGCCCCCUUCUUGCGGACCCACGGGCAUCAUCUUCGUACUUUGACGUUGUUCCAUAACCAAUCCUUGAAUCUGGCUUUCCUGACCGACUUGGCCGAGACAUGUCCUCAGCUCCAGGAGCUUCGCAUGAAUUUAUCCUACUUUCGCCAUCACGAAUCAGUAGAUGAUUCGGACCCGAACUAUGAAUCUGCGUUGCAGCUAACACAGUUGCCUCUCUGGCCGUCGAGUCUCCGUGUCAUCGAGAUUGAACAUGUCCGGAACUGGGGUGUGGAGGCGGCUGAGAUGUUUCUGAACUCAUUGGUUGACAGUGCGCCUAACCUGAUGAACCUCCGUCAUUUGGCAAUCAAAACCAUGUUGAACAUACCGUGGCAGAGACGAGCAACUCUGCGUCAAGAAUGGCGUGAGAAGUUGGAGAAGGUUUUCCUUCGUCCGUGGCAUCCACCCAACGACGUCCAGUUCACUCAGUCUAGUGAUACAAAGACGACAAGUAUGAAGUCGAGAGACCCCGUUUCCCCGUCACGCCGAAGCGUCAGAAUCGCAUCCAAUGGCUCUGAUUUGAGCCGUGGGGAUACAGACAUGUCCGGCCGUCUCCGAGAGAAUCGCAAGAAGCCCAUGUAUCGAGAACCAGACACUGAUGAGGAUGAAGAUGAAGAUGAAAGCCCCUCUGACUCAGGCCAUGAUCAAGAGCGUCAUGAAAGGCCGCACAGCGCCGACAUCGGCUUCGUUCAAGGUUUGUGCAACACGGUCAGUAUCUUGUUCGACAACCAGAAAGUGAGAGAGAUCCAAUAUGGGAUGGAGGACUUUAAUGAUGAUGAUGAUGAGUCCUCUGGCGAAGAGUGGGCUGGCGACCGCGAUGUCGAUGACCCUGUGUUUGUAUGGAAAUGA